AACCGAUUCCAGUCGGCUUUCAUGGGCGCGUCUUUGCCAUGGCGCUGGUGGCUCUUGACGCUGCUUGCGCGCCAGGUGCUGGCCCAAACUGUUGCCCCAAGGCAGCAGAGCUUCCAGCAUCCGGGCUUUCAGAACCGUUACUACCAGGCGAGCGGGUACCAGGGCUCGCGGGUGCUGGAGCACAACCAGACAGGCCGCUACAGCCAGUACAUCCAGGUGCUGUGGCCUGCCCAGACCGUGGUGGAUGACAAGCAACAGAUUUGGAUCGCGGACGCGCGGCACCACCAGGUGCUCCUGAUGAAGGCGGCCAGCCGCUACGUGAGCUGGCCGGCCUUCUAUACGGAGUAUGCUGGCGCACGGGGCCUGGCGGGCUACGUGGAUGGGAGCCGGCUCAAGGCCCGCUUCAACGCGCCUUCGGGGCUGGUGAUCACCAUGGACCCUCGCAGGCCCUUGAAGCUCUACAUCGCCGAUAGUGGCAACCACUGCAUCCGGGUGGUGAACUACGACUCGGGGCGGAUCGCCACCAUCGCAGGCUCCCCAGUGACCCCUGGCUUCCAGGAUGGGCCGGGCCAGGAGGCGCGCUUCCGGCAGCCCUCGAGCCUGGGCAUGGACUCGGAAGGCCUUCACCUCUUUGUGCUGGACAACUUCCGCAGGAUCCGGUACAUUGAGCUCUACCUGAAGAAAAAGACCGUCACUACCUUGGUGGGGGGCGCCUGCCGCGCCGUGGCGCGCUGGACGGUCUACGAGUCCAUCGUGCAGCGCAGGGUUGGAUGCCACCCCGACUGGGCAGCGCGGGAUGCUGGCGAGCAGGUGGACCUCUAUGUCUCUGGCGAGGGGGUCUUCUUCUGCUCAGGGCACCAGGCCACCUGUGCGCCCCGGCACCACCCGGCCCUGGCGGACCGUCUGUCGGGACAGCUCUUGUCCCAGGCCUACGCCCAGAGCCUGUUGGAGGGGGUCCCACCGGAGGAUCCCUACGACAUGCCCUUGGUCCUGCCCACUGAGUGAGAGGCACGCCGCUGGAGAGCGCGCUCUCCGUCGUUGCCCUGGGCGUGAUUUCUGGUAU